GAGGGAGGCACGAGUGUGAGAGGCAGACGAGCGAUGGGGCUGACGAGCGCACUGGGGGUGCUUGCGGACGACUCUCACGUGUGCUACAACAAGUACAAGGUGCUCAAGAGGUUGUCGGAGAGGGAGCCGACCAAUGCCAAGGCCAACAUGCUGAAGGACCCUCUCCGCAAUGCCUCCAAGGACGUCCACAAGGUGGCCAAGGAGGCCAAGGCGAACCCUGCUGCCUUUGCCACAGCCCAUGUACAGGCCUGUGUCGAGGUCCUCACCACUUACGUCGAGGCGCUGGAGAGGUACGCCAAGCACCCGACAGCGACUCGGCUGCAUGCUGACAAUGCAGCUGCUCUUCGUAAGGCUAUGGCAAGGUUCGAGUCGGACGGUCUUGCCUUUGUCGCCGCCAGAUCGCCGCCCACUGAAGCCGCCUUUGACAUGGCUGUCGGCCUCCUCACAAAGGUCUGGAUCGCCGCCGCAGACGAGGUUGCCAUCUCGCAAGACGUGGCUGCUCUCCUCUAUCCCCACACACAGCACAGCCCAUUGCCGGCUGCCGCUGCCGGCUUUGAGCUCUCAGAGAGCGACGGUGGCGCACCGACCAACGUCGCUGCCGCUGGUGACUUUGAGCUGUCUGAGAGUGACGGCGGCGCGCCGACCAACGUCGCUGCCGCUGGUGGCUUUGAGCUGUCUGAGAGCGACGGUGGGCCGCCGGCUGCUGCUGCCGGCUUUGAGCUCUCAGAGAGCGACGGCGGCGCACCGACCAACGUCGCUGCAGCUGGUGGCUUUGAGCUGUCUGAGAGUGACGGCGGCGCGCCGACCAACGUCGCUGCGGCUGGCGGCUUUGAGCUCUCGUCCGACGGCGGCGGCUAUGGCGCUGGGUUCACCGCCGCGGGUGGUGGCGCCGGCGCCGCUGGCGGCACCUUUGAUCUCUCCGAGUCGGACGCCGGCGACAUGCCGACGCCAUCGCCGGCGCCGGUGCCGACGCCCAAGGGCAGCAUGCCGCAGUUUAUGCUGACCGACGACGACGAGGUCGGAGCAGGUCCCGACGGGUUUGAGCUCUCCGAGAGCGACGGCGGGCCGGCAGCGCCGGCGGCAGGCGGCGGGUUUGUGCUCUCCGAGAGCGACGGCGACGCGUACGUGCCGCCGCCGCGGCCGCUGGACAUGAACGAGCUCAACUUGUCGACCGACGAAGACGUGGUUCUGCCAGAGGUGUCUGGAUUCGAGCUCUCGCCGCCAGCCGAUGUGCACGCCGGGCGCGGGCUGGUUGCGGCCGGAGUCGGGUGCUCGCUGGUGGGCAUCAACUCCGCGACGCGGGUCCGGGCCAACGAGCCGAGCUCUUUCAAGAUCUUUGCCGGCGACUCGAAGGGCUUUCCCAUGGUUAAGGGCGGCGACGAGUUCUUUGUCAAGUUUGACGGGCCGGGCGAGUACGAGGUGGCUGUGGAGGACCUUGACGAUGGGACGUAUGAGGUCAAGUUUACCAUCUUCCGCGGCGGCAACUACACCCUCCACGUUCGUCUCGGCUCCAAGUACGGCGCCGCCGUCGGUGGAACGCCGCUGCCGUUUAUGGUGGACGGCGAGGAGAAGGACGCAGCGGCAGCGGCAGACGAUGUCAUCCCCGACGAGGCCUACGCCAUUCUCGAGGGUCGCGAGCCUGUUGCAAGCGCCAAGAGCGAGUCGGCAGACAUGCCGCCGUCGCGCGGGCCGGACACGUUUGCGGACGAACUGGGGCGAGUGCUGGAGAUGCAGCCCGAGACCUCGCUCAUCGACGUCGACACGUACGACAAGACAGUGAUGAUGAACGCGCUGCUGAACACGCAGCACACGCUUUCGACGCUGCAGAUGCAGGCCGGCGACCUGUCGGCCGUGGCCAAGGGCGUGCUGGCGCAGGUGGCCGAGCUUGAGACCAAGCAGACGGCGCUGGUGACCGAGUGGAAGCGGUCCGAGAUGAAGCGGUCCAAGCUGACGUCGGACAUGCACGAGCUGGUGGCCAAGUGCUCGGCAGCUGGGGUGCCGGUCAACACAGCGAGCCUUGAGGCGCCCGAGCCGUUUGACUCGAUUGCCCGCCGGAUUCACGCCAUGCUCGACGGCCGCCGGGCUGGCCCAGGCCAUGCGCUCUCGGACUUUGGCGACGACGAGCGCCUCGCGCUGCGCGAGUGCCUCUUGCGCGAGGUCGACGAGAUUGUGGAGCAGACCCAGUCCGGGCACACGCUCAUCAAGGAUGUUCUCACGGCCAAGCUCAAUUACGUGGCCAAGCCGGCGCUUGGCGCCGGCGAGGAGGAGUAUGUGCCGUCUACCGGAGCGCCUGGCCCGUCGGCCGGCUCGCCGGCCCGCCGCCGGAGCGGCGACCCGUUCUCAGACGCCGGCUCACCGUACCGCGACUCGGACGACGAGUACUCGGACGCCGGCUACCGGAGCGCCCGCCGCAGCGGGCGGCGUGGCUCGUCGUCGCGCCGCCCGUCGUCGCUCGCCGCAGAGGGUCCGGCCGUCGAGCGGGCGUACGACGUUGCCCGCUCGGAGAUCCGCACCAUGAAGGAGACCGCCAAAAAGACCGCCAUGCGCCACAGGCUCAUGCAAGCUCGAGUCAAGCAGCUCGAGAAUGCUCGCUUCGAGAACCUCGAGAAGGGCCUCACCCGCGGCGGCGCCAAGAACGCCUCGGGUGCCGCAGUCCGCCGCCAGCGGACAGGUGGCGCCUCUGCCCGCCGCGGCGGCUUUGGCCCCGCGCCGGACGACGAGCAGCUGCGCUACGGCGAGCAGCUCAACAAGCUCUCGCUCGAGCACGAGACCCUCCGCGACAAGUUCCACAAACUCGAGGAGGAGCACAACCUGCUCAAGAAGAAGAUGCGCGACUUCUCCAAGGCCGCAGACACCCGCGUCAAGAAACUGGCCAACGACCAUCUCGCCGCCAUGACCGAGGCUAAGCGCCAGUUCGACAACGAGCUCAAGCUCAAGCACGCCGAGGUCAUCAAGCUUCAGGAUGAGAAGCGCUUGCAGGUCGUCGAGAUGCGCACCGCCCUCGAGCAUGCUCACCGCAAGGAUCUCCGCGCACUUCAACGCGAGCACGCCCUCAAGGCCGCCGCUCUCCGCGAGGAGCUCUCCGACCUCAAGCAGCUUAUCGAAGCCGAUGCCGACGCUCUCUUGCCACGCCCGGCAUUCAAACGCGGCGACCAGCGCGGAGGGCUGACAACUGAACGAUGCAACUACCUCCUCUCCCUUGCAGCUGCUAUAGCUCCUGUGGCGCCCGACCUUGCCCGGCGGCAUGUGGCUGGCAUGGUGGCCACCGCCCGGAACGGCGACAUUGUCCUCGGCGACUCGAUCCAGGCCCUCUACUGCCCGGCCUGCUUCACCCUGUACUCGCCGGAGACGACCACAACCCGCGUGACCUCCACAUCGGCCCGCGUCAGCCAGAGGGCACGCAGAUCACUGCGUCACAUGCGGUGCCAUGGCGAGGCCCAUUCACAAACACUCGUGCAUCUCCGCGAGAUCAGCGCCAUCGUCGUCCGCAAGUGCAAGCACUGUGGCUUUGCCGCCCACGCCCCCGGGAGCUACCAUCCACACCGGGCGAACGAGGACCCGAACGACUCGCUCACGGCACGCUCCAGAGGCUCCGAAUCCAAGGCCGGAUCCAAGGCGCCUGCGCUGCCGAUGGCCGGGGAGGCGCUCACUGGGAGCCUGGCACGGGUCCGAUCGUCGGAGACCACUCCGUGUGGCUCGCCGGCAUCAUCGGCGGCAAGCUCGCCGCGAACGCCGCGGACGCCAGCUCAGGGUGCGGCGGUGGUGGCCAAAGCGAGGGCGCUCAUGGCCGGCGGAUCCGGCCGCGGAUCGGGUGGAGGGAAGAAGCGCAAGCGGUCGAUGCAGGCGCUGAAGAAGAAGAUGGCCGGCGGCGGCGGUGGUGGGUCGGGGACCAAGAAGAAGAAGAACAACCUCAAUGACUUUUUGGCGUUGCUGUGACUAGGCGAUGGCCUCUCGUUGUCUGUGCACACCAUCCCUUUUACCAGUCGUCCCACGAGUCGCCCGAGCCGGUGCCACGA